AUGGUAAUUGAGAACAGUCAACAUGGACUUGAUAAUGAUAAACCGUACUGGAUCAGCCUGGAACUACUCAGCAAAGAAGACAACGGUGGAGAAGGGAAGAGCAGUGCCUGUCAUAUCGGUAGUAGCAUCACUUGUUCCAGAUUUAACAAAGAAGUAAAUCACCUUAGCAAAGUAUUCUUUUGGAUAAAUUGUAAUGCAAGGUCCUACCAUCCAGCAGACUCCAAGUGGACUUUUAUACAUCUAGUGCCAUCUCCCAAAAAGACACCUAAGAAAAGCACCAGUGUCAAAUUUGACCAAAUCAGACUACUGACUGCACCUGUCUGUCACAUAACCCCACCAGGAACAACUAUAUUUAAUACAGUCCUUCAGUGGAAAGAUUCUUGUCAGUUGUCUUCUCAUGGGAAGAUUAACCACAAAGCAAGGAUUUGGUCUGAAAACAAGGAAAAGCCAGGAGGACCAGAAGACCAGACCCAUUUUCCUGCUCCCUUAUUCCUUGCUGCUGCUGUGCUUGGAAGCCUUGGAGAGAAGCUCCUGCUUUUCCACCAGCUUGACACCUGCUCUGAAGAAUCCAAAUCCAUCAGGUGCUGGAAAGAGCCUUGGACCCCUCUUCUGACUCAAGAGACCCUCAAACACCUAUCUCUGCCAUCAUUGAGGUUGGUUUUGUAUAUAUUUGUAUCUACCUGUAUGUAUUGUUCUCUAUCCCGUGUGUUACUACCUUUUUCCAGUUCCAGUAAGCCUGUGCCAGUUUUAAUUUCAGACUUUGAAGUCUCUCUUCUUAAUUUGCCUUUUUAUCUUCCCUUGGGAGGGUGGAAGGGAGGAAUAGAGAGCAACUAUGUCCUUUGUUUUUGGGUUCAUCCUGACCACUAAAUGGAGACACACAUCUGCAGAGCUAACAAAGGUGAGACAAUUUAUUGCUACUGUAUUGACUCUUACAGUGUUUCCCCACUGGGAUUUCACUGCCGUGCCGGGCUUCUCGGUGCUAAAGUAACAUAAAUGUUGCAUUCGGUUAAUAUAGAGAAGAAAGGGGAGCAGACAGGAGUCAGGUUGCCCACAAAUGUUGAAUAAUGGGGCUGGAAGAAAUGCUGCGAGUCACUGCAGGCUGAAUGCUUAGGUUAACAUCUUUAUUCUAUAAUUACGUGGUGUACUUGGUGGUUGUUGGCUCUGGCGGGGGUUGCACAGUAAAGAUGCAUUAGAGUAAUUAUGUUGUAAUGACAGAAGAUCAUAAGUUAAAGAUGUUGUUGGAUCCUGUUAUUUUAUACAUCUGAAAUUGUUUGGAGCUGAUGUGGGAGGUGUAUCCACAUGGAAUUUCAUCGCACUGAUAUUGUAAUUAAAGCUGAGGAGAUGGGGUUUGUGCUUACUUCCUGCUGCUGCCUGUGAAUAUUAAUUAGCUCAUGUUACCACCUGACCCUAGCAAUAAUCAGCUCUGUUAGAACAGAAGGGAAAAUGUGAAUUGCCCACCAAAUAUUUAUUAAGAAAACCAAGAUGAAAACAACCUGGUUGUGAGAGAGAAUAGAGGCUCCUGGAAGCCCAAGUGCCUCCUCCCUGGUGGAAGGAAGAGAUUAAUCUUUCCAGUUUUGUCUAGACUCUGCUUCAUGGAGGACAAGGGCAUUUCUGGCAGCACAGACAACAGAAGCACACCUGGUUUGGCACACAAA